UAAAAAAGCUUUGAGGAGAGCUGCAUAUCGGCAGAGAAAAGAUCGGAAUCUCCAAGAUGAACAUGCACAGGCCCUUAUUUUAUCUGCCAACCCAACUAGCUCCAACUAUACAUCAUUCUCGGUUGAUGCGACGACAUUUCAUGCUACAACCACUGUCACAUCUGGUCUCCUUAAUGACAUGGAGGUACAAGAUGUGGUCUUGAAUAACACCCAAGAAACAAAGCAAAAAACCGACGAAGAACUCAAGAGAGAUCGUAGAAACGCCCUGCGGAGAGCUGCUUAUAGGAGGAAAAAGGAUAAGCUUAUCCAUGAUGAAAACAUACGUCCACUUUCGUUAUCAGCCAACCCUAAUAGCUCCAGCUAUAUAGAAUUCGAGGGUGACGCAGCAACAUUUCCCCAUUCAACAUUAGACGCGUCUGUUGUCACUCAUGACAAUGAUCUAGCUAGGAGGCAACGUGAUAAUGAGCGGAAAAGAAAUUUAACAAACGCGCAAAGGGAGCAAAUAAAUGCAUAGAGGCGUGCAGAUUAUCAGCGGAAUAAGGACAAGGUAUCUGUUGAUGUCAGAGAAAUAGUGAAUGAAAAAGUACGAGAGAAGCGAAUGCAACGUCGCAAAAGCAUGUCAGUGAUUGAGAAGGGGGAGUCAAGUGCUCAGAGGAAGGCCAAUUAUGCCAGAAGAAAAAACACCCCAUGCAACGAAUCCAUCGCGCUCCCACGUCCAGACCUAGCAAACUCAACCUCUGAAUGUCCCACUUUAAUCUGCCGCGCAUCAUCCGUCUCUCGGGUCGCCGAAGAUGAUUCAUCUGAUGGCGACCCUCCGACGAACAAGACGAAUUACAUUGUUGGUAUCGAAGGUAU